AUGCUCUUCUCCACCACUUCUCUCCUCGCCCUCGCGGCCACCGCUCUCGCUUCGCCCGCCAGAAGAGCCGAGACGGUCUGCCCCGCCGCCACGACGCUGGAAUACGCACAGCGGGUCGUGUACGCCUACGCGCAGACAGCCCCGGGCGCCACGUACGCCGCCUUUGAGUCCAUCCCAUUCGGCGUGGGCGGGAAGAGCGGGGCUUGCACGACUGUCAUUAUCCCCGACGGCACCGGCUGCCAGAUCCCCGUCGGCACCACUGGUAAUGGCGUCGUUCAGUUCGGCACGGAGACCCGACAAGCCUUCUCCCAAGUCACGGGACAGUACGAGACGUUCCCCAACGGCACGUCGCUGAUCAGGACUAAUGUCACUCUCGGCGUGCGCAACCUCGUCCCCGUCCCGUUCACUUUCACCGGGGAGGUCUACUUAGAUUUCAACUCGGACUGCGACAUCUACGCUGUGCGCGCGUACGCUCAGGUCCCGACCAAGGUGCUUGAGCAGGAGUUCCAGCUGGCCGGCAUCCCGAUUGCGGCUUGCACUGACCUUCCCGUCUGA